AUGUUUGUUUUCUCUGUUUAGCUCUUCUCGCUGAUGGAGAUGAAACCUCCAAUUUCCCGAGCCAAGAUGAUUCUCAUCACAAAAGCUGCCAUUAAAGCUAUUAAGCUUUACAAGCAUGUUGUCCAGAUUGUGGAGAAGUUUAUCAAAAAGUGCAAGCCGGAGUACAAAGUCCCAGGCUUGUACGUCAUCGACUCCAUCGUUCGGCAGUCUCGGCACCAGUUCGGAACAGACAAAGAUGUUUUUGGGCCAAGGUUCUCUAAGAACAUUACUGCCACAUUCCAGUAUUUGUAUCUGUGUCCAUCUGAAGACAAGAGUAAAAUAGUUCGUGUCCUGAACCUCUGGCAGAAAAAUGGAGUAUUCAAAAUUGAAAUAAUUCAGCCUCUCUUGGAUAUGGCAGCAGGAACCAGUGCCACUGCACCCAUAGCAGAGAAUGCUACUAACAAUGAAGGUUCGCCGCCGCCUCCGGCCAAGGUUCCCUCAGAGGCCCCGCAAGUGACCGCGAACUCAGUGCCCAGCGUGCCACAGCUGCCCAGUUCUGAUGCCUUUGCAGCUGUAGCCCAGUUGUUCCAGACAACACAAGGACAACAGCUUCAGCAAAUCCUGCAGACCUUCCAACAGCCUCAGAAGCCCCAGUCACCGGUCAUAGACAACACUGUGAUGGCUCAGGUUCAAGCUAUUACUGCUCAGUUGAAAACCACAGCAGCACAGCCCCCAGAGCAGAAAGCUGCUUUCACAGCACCUGAGCAGAAAACAUCGUUUGACAAAAAGCUGCUAGAUCGGUUUGACUAUGAUGAUGAACCAGAAGCAGUGGAAGAUUCAAAGAAAGAAGAUUCAGCUCCUUCCCCUUCAGUGUCUCAGCCGGCUUUGACCUCUCUCUCAUUCAGUACACAGGCUGGAUGGUGCUCAAUGCCGGGUGGUUUUCCAGGAGAAGGCAUGCAGCAGCCAGUAUUUCCUCAGCUCCCAAAUAUGGAUCCUUUUCAGCAGCGGAUGAUGGGAAUGCAGCAGGAUCCGAUGCGGCACCAGGUGCCACUUCCUCCGAAUGGGCAGAUGCCAGGCUUUGGUCUCCUGCCUACCCCCCAGUUCCCACCCAUGGCUCAGCCAGUGAUGCCUCCAGCAGCACCAGUGCAGCCAACUUUCCAGUCUCCCUUCCCAGUCCAGGCUGAGCCACACCUGCAGAAACCCCAUCAGCAGGAUAUGGAAGUGGAACAGCCACCCAUUCAGGAGGGAAAAAGGCAUGUUUCCGACAGUAGGAAAUCAAGAUCUAGAUCUGCAUCAAGGUCCCCCAAGAGGAGACGCUCGCGGUCGGGCUCGCGCUCGCGGCGCUCGCGGCACCGGCGCUCGCGCUCGCGGGACCGGCGCCGGCACUCGCCCAAGUCCCGCUCCCAGGAGCGGCGCGAGCACGAGCGGGAGAGGGAGCGCCGCUCCAAGGGCCUGCCCCAGAUCAAGUCAGAGACUGUCAGUGUUUGCAGUACCACGCUGUGGGUAGGACAGCUCGACAAAAGGACAACUCAGCAGGAUGUGGGAAGUCUCUUGGAGGAGUUUGGCCCCAUUGAGUCGAUCAAUAUGAUACCACCCAGAGGAUGUGCCUACAUUGUCAUGGUGCACAGACAAGAUGCCAACAGAGCCCUCCAGAAACUGAGCCGAGGCAACUUCAAAGUCAACCAGAAAUCCAUCAAGAUUGCCUGGGCUCUGAAUAAAGGAAUAAAGCCAGACUACAAGCAGUAUUGGGAUGUAGAAUUGGGUGUGACAUACAUACCAUGGGACAAAGUCAAACCUGAAGAUCUUGAAAGUUUCUGUGAAGGAGGAAUGCUGGACAACGAGACCCUUAGUCCAGAGUGGAAGGGAAUUCCCAAGAAGUCUGAAAAUGAAGUGGCUCAGAAUGGAGGCGCAGAAGCUGCACACAAUGAACCAGUGUCACCUAUUCCCAAAGCUUUACCUGUCCCAAUUCCUGUUCCCAUGCCUGCACCAAUAACAGUACCUCCUCCACAGGUUCCCCCCCAUCCAUCAGGGCCUCCCAUGGUUGGUGCACUCCAGCCCCCUGCUUUCACAGCACCUUUAGGAAUCCCCCCUCCUGGAUUUGCCCCCGGGGUGCCACCGCCGCCGCCGCCUCCAUUCCUCCGGCCCGGCUUCAACCCGCUGCAUUUACCUCCAGGGUUCCUUCCUCCUGGGCCACCACCUCCCAUAACUCCUCCGGUCUCUGUCCCGCACACUCCGGCAGUGAACAUCCCAAACUCUACAGCAACUGGUGGGAAUGAGGACGCUACAAAGGAGUCGUCAGUAGGAAAUCCCAUCCCAACAGUAGUUUCUGGAGGCAGAGGGAAUGCUGAAAGUACUGACACUUCCAAAAUCUAUGGCACUAUUCCACCUCCUGUAGCACCUACCAGUGUCCCUGCUCCCGUCACCCAGGCUGUUCCACUCCUUGCUUGACAGGAGACCCUUUCAGAACAGAGAAAAGCUUAAGAAGCUCUGUGGUGACACCAUGGAGUCAGGGAAUUUUGUUAGGAAUUUCAGAAAUUCACACCUUCCUGCUGAACGACACUUUCUGUAAAGGUAGCACGGAGUUUUGGAGUUUCACUGUCUUGGACAGCAUAACCUGCACUUCAUAUUCCAGGCCUUUGGAAUGUGUGAGGCUCCUCUGCACUUUGCUGUAUCUCUGCACACAUAACAAAAAGGUUAUACAAAAUAAAGACUGAACUAAGUCAGGCACUCAGAUCAGUUCCUUGGACAGCAGCUGCUUUUUAUUCUUAAAAAUCCAAGAAAGCUGAAUUUGAGAAACCUGGAAAUCAGUAACUUGCCUUUGCUUUUGUUAACUCGUUUCCUGAGUGGCUGAGGCAGAUCAAGUUCUCUGUGUGGUCAGAGUGAGUUCUGUCAGUGAGGGGAGGGUUUAGAGCUCACAGAGCAGUCCUGGAGUAAUGGCUGAGAUCUGUGUGCUUGAUGAAGCUGUAGCACUUAAUGUUGGGGAGUGUCUAAUUUCAAGAAGUUAUUUAUAAUUAAAGAGUUAUGUAAAACCCAUCCUGGAGUUGCAGGGCACUGUUCAGUCUGAAAACAGAGACAGAAAAACCAGAAGAAACAGAUGAUAAUAUUUUAUGUGAUUAAAAAUAAAAGGUUAAUAUCAGUUGUCCUGGCUUUUUAAAACCUCUCAGCACAAAUUACACUCUUCCUAAAAGCACUUGGAGUCACUCUUGCAUUGAGAGUAGCCCUGCAUGUGGGAGGCUAGAGAGUGUCCUGGGAAAGGAUGAGGAAAUGCUCUCCAGGUACUUGGGCAGGAUGGGAGAGCUCCUGCAGCAGGCUGGACUCAAGGGAUGAAGAUUGCUGGGAAGAGGCUGUGGGAGAGAUCCAAGAUUUUGGUUUGGGAGCACUUCUGUAAUCCCUACCAAACACAGGAGCUCUUGGAUUCAGUUUUUCUGUGGAAGGCAUGUUACGAAGUAAUUCUAAAGGGAUUAUUGUAACUUUUCAUACCCUUUCAUAAGUUCUCUCUCAACUCCACCGAUUUCCUUUGUGCCUCCACUGUAAUUCCUUCAUCCCUUCCAACCAGGACGUGGUUGUGUUUCAGAGGAGUGAUGUCUCUUCGACUUUGGGUCUGGAGUUUUGUGCUUUUGUCUAAAGCCCACCCUCAGGUUAUUGGGAUUCAGUUGUGCCGUUGACCUCACUCUCUGCUGUUACACCUUGUUGUUCAUGGGAACAGGACGUGGGAUGGCUCAGUGAGCAUGUGCUCAGGGAAUUUGAAAUGAUCUGUAGAGAGGGGAUUUGCAGGCUCCUGUGACAUGUGCCUGCUGCAGGAAAUGACAGCCUUUAAAUCCCCUAGGAUUGGUCCACGUGUUCCCAGCAUUGAGCAAAUGCUGCAGCUUGGGCCAGUAAUAGACUGCAGAUUCUGUGUUUGGAAUACUCAGAUUCUGUGAUCUCUUGCCCUGAUGAAAUACACCCUAUUGCAGUUGUAGGUCCUGAUCUAGUGCUCUUUUUACCCAAAUUCUUACAAGGAUCAUAACAUGUAAUCAAAGCUAAGUUAUUCUGGAGAUCACAUCAAUCACUUCCUGGUGGUGCAAGCUCAGUUACUACUCUUUGCUGAUGGUUUGUUCUGAAGUGAUUUUUGUAAUCUGCAUUAAAUCAUAAAACACAAAUACAGCAUUCUCUGAGCCCCUCAUAGUGUGACUGUCUCAAAAUGUUGGGAUUUUUGGCAAGAUUUUUCAGCUGUGACUCCAUAUUUAGGCCCUUUAGUUCAGGCUUUCUUUACAGUCUUGAC